UGUGAUCAUAAUAUGGUUAUAAGGUAUGUCGAUGCGGGUUACGCCGGUUAAACACACGAUUCGUUUGUAUGGAACUGCAGUGAACUAAAAGCUACUUUAGAAACGAUACAUAGAAACGGCGAUCGUUGCUCAAUGUAUUUGGGUGAUUCGGGGUAUCCUUUGCAGCCAUAUUUGAUGACGCCAUUUCGGAAUGCAAGUGCUGGCAGUAGAGAAUCUUAUUUUAAUAAAAAACACGCCAAAGCACGAAAUAUAAUUGAACGGACAAUAGGUGUUCUAAAAUGUCGCUUUCGAUGUCUUUCAACUGAAAGAAAGUUGCAUUAUUCACCACAAAAGGCUACAAAAAUAAUUAAUGCUUGCUGCGCUUUGCAAAAUAUAUGCUUGUACUUUAAGAUGACAAUACCAGAAGAAGUUGAAAACUACAUAGAACCAUCUGAUUUUACUGAAUUAUUGGAGGAGCGUGCUUCCACAAAUGAUGGGGAGCGUCGAAGAAGCGAAAUUUUGUUAUCAUUAUUUUAAUAAACAUUAAACAAG